CGCCGUUGCUCAGAAUCUGUCCUGCUGGUGAUAGGCAGGUGAUGGGUAUACAGUUGACGAUCUCGCAGUGGCGUUAGAACGCUGGGUGGGACGACCAUAUAAAUCCCCUCGUCUUCAUCUCCUCUCAGAACCGUCAGCGCCAAUUCGUCGCAUUCUCAACCUCAGAAACUAAACCUCGCACCUCUCCGUCCAAAAGUCCACCACCAUGUCCUCCCCUUCCCUCUCCGUCGCCGUCUGCCUCUACCCCAAGCUCACCGCCCUCGACUAUCAGGGUCCCAUCGAGUUCCUCGCCGCGCUCUCGGCGAAAGUCAAGCCCUUCAUCUUCAAGGAGCAGGCGGACGCUUUGCCCACACUCGGGCCCUUCGUGUACCUCUCGCACACGCUCGAACCCGUUGCGCCGGGAUUUUCUGGCGAGGCGGGCCCGCGGAUGACGCCGGACAAGACGUAUGGGGAGGCGAAGCAGCAGUUCGAUAUCUUAUUGGUGCCGGGAGGUCCUCCGGACGUCCCGCAAGAACUGACGGAUUUCCUUGUCCGCCAGGUCCCCGGCGCGAAGUAUGUGCUGACCGUGUGUACGGGCUCCUGGAUCCUGGCGCGCACGGGCGCCCUCGACGGCAAGCGUGCCACGGGCAACAAGUUCAUGUUCAAAGCUAUGCUCGCGGACACGGCCUCGCACAACAUUGACUGGGUGGCGCGCGCUCGCUGGGUGGUCGACGGCAAGUUCUGGACAAGCUCGGGUGUCACUGCGGGCAUGGAUAUGGCCAACGCCUUCGUUGCGCAGCUUGCGGGUGAGCCUGCGGCGAAGACGAUACAGAUGGGGCUUGAGAUGCGCGCGAAGGACCAGGACGACGAUGAGUUUGCGGCCGUUCAUGGCUUGAUCUAGGACAGAAAUCUGUAGUAAUGAUUACAACAAAGCAAAAGAGGGUCAUCGC